UGUCGAAAUGCUUAUGUGCUAUAUAUAUAUAUAAGUGUAAAGUCCGUUAGUAUCGUUCGGAAUAGUUGGCGCCGGCCGGCUGUUGGCUAAUUUACGCGCUCGUCACCAACCAAAAUGUUUGGAGUUGCUUCGGUGUGCGCACCGGCAGCCCAUCCCGACUAAACUAUCGGCCGUUAGAAAGUCUGCAGUCUGCGGGGGCCCUUCGCGACACUUCGCCUUUUUCGUACUCCGUAUGAAAUAAAGCCCAUUUAUUAUCACUAUUAUAACUUUGAAUAAACAAAUCCAAAUUGGCACGUAUCCCACGAUCGGCAAUCCGAAUAUGAAAGGACAACUAUUACCAACAAGAAAAUCUGACCCUACAACGUCCUGGAGACUUUACUGCUCGCAAGCAGCCAUUCAAGAUUGACAUUUGCGGAGAAUCGGUUAGAUUUACAAUUUUUUCGCUCUCCGCACAUUGCCAUGGCAACCUGUAAUUCAAAUAGAUAAAUAUACAUAUUACGAGUUUUUAUUAUGUAUACAAAGUGGGACAUGGACCAUGGAAUUCUGAACGUGAAAUGGAAAAUACUCUGCUAUUACUGCUGUAGCAAUAUAGAAAAAGUCGAGCGCAAAGAAUUGUCAUGUCCUAGAAAUAUCGCCAAAUUUCUUUCAAUUAGCAACUCCGUAAGUCGUUGAGCUCCAAAGAAAGUAAAUAGAAAAUUCGAUUUUUGGCAAUGCUACGAAAUAUAUCGAAACUGUGUCGUUCUUUUUCCUGCGUCAAGUGAAUAAUACGAGCUUUUUCGGUGUAACGUACAGGGUUCUGUUUGUAAUGUAAGCAAUAUUCUGUAACCUAGGCGAAAGAAUUGAUUAUUGCACAUUUACUCCAGUUUCUCUUAUCUCUUGCUCCACGUGUGUUGGGUUGAAACAAUAUGGAGCUGGAAUUAACUCGAGUAGAUUAUACAGUCGUGGUGUGACUAACUCCAAUUGUCUUGUGUUGAUGCCUGGCAAUUUGCCCAAGGAACAAUGUAAGGUAAGAUUGAUGCACAUGUUUCUAUGAAUAAUAACGUAAUAUUGGACGAAAGAACUGGAGGCAAUCCAGUAACUUACAAGUGUCGCAGCAUAGGACAACUAACAGGAUCUUUUGCGCCUCCAGACUCGUUCUUUUGAUGAAAUUCUAUCCUCCACAUCCUCUACCUAGAGUAUGCUAGAGAGAGAAUGUUAUGUUUUAGGUAGCUAUUGUAGAUGAAGACGGGGUACUGCAGGUGUUUUCGAUAAAAAAAGACGAAAUAGUCUUGCAUUUUAAGACUUUACCAGGACCUCCGAUAAGUUCGCUAAAAUACGUAAAUGGAUCUGGGCUGAAUCAAGGAAAAAUAUUCGUAGCAUCAAAAAAUGAAGUCAGAGGCUAUUCUCAAAGAGGGAAAUUAUUCCUGACUUUCGAUUCAGGGUUAACAGAACCUAUAAGCACUAUGUUCGUUAUGGACAAUGAUCUUUUCCUUUGUGGAAAACACAUAUAUACUCAUUAUAGAGACUGCAGAGAAGUUGGAUCUUACUUAUGUGGAGACAAAAUAGUUGAUGUAGUGGCCUUUUACUCGACCAAGAGUCGAAGACUGAUGUCCAUAAUCGCCUGCGAAGGAAGAAUGUGUAGGAUUUUGGAGCAUGCGAGAGUAACGUGUAGUUUGGAAGUAGAUACUUCUCCUACUAUACUCCAUUUACAUGAGGAUGAUGAUUCAAGAAGUGUCCUAUUUGGUACAAUAGAUGGUAGAGUUGGAAUAUUAAAUGUAGGAAAUUUACAGGCAUUUAAAGGUUGGUUGAUAAGCAACGAAAAUAACUCUAGUUCGAUCAACUGUAUGGAUAGUUACGAUUUGAAUGGUAGCGAUACGAAUCAACUAAUCAUUGGAAGACAAGAUGGUAUGAUUGAAGUAUAUCAAUUGAGUUUAAAUCUCAAUGUCGAGGUUAUCCAGAAAAUAUUCUCUUUUGAUUGCAAUGAAAGAGUGACAGCCCUCAAAUGCGGCGUUAUAGGAGAGCAAGGUUUCAAUGAAAUCCUUGUGACGUCAUACACAGGCCGAGUUUUGGUUUGACAACACAACCAUAAGUACACACAUCGACAAUUCGGAAGGCAAAUACGUGUUUUCUACAAACUCUUCUGAGAAGAUUCAUAAAUUGAGGUACGGAAUACUGAAAUGUUUGGUUUCUGAUUAGUCCAUAUAUGCGCAGUCUUUUAGGAGAUCGAUAUAUUUUGAAAAUCACUAUUCAUAUUUGAUUUAAUCAAAGUAAGCGUACUAGACGACCGCCCAGGGCGCCAGGACCUGAGGCGCCUGGCUGUUGGGUCGGAAAGGGGCAAGAGGGAAUUUGGGGCGGUUCCGGCCCUGUUUGCUGAUAAGACCAGGGCCGGGAAAUAGGUCCACUUUUUGAGAAAAAAAAUAUACUUGUAAAGUUGACGUUAAUUUGGAGUCCAAGCUAUUUCUAGAAGAAUUACCAAGCAUAGUCAACCUUAAAGGCCGUCCGUGACUGUACUUUAGAAUAUGACAUGAAAGAGUGCCAUUUUGUUCCUGUCGCCACGUGAGGCCGGCGUUGCCAUGAAGGAGAAUGACACCGCUAGAGAGCAGACCCCGCCGGCGGUUUUGAAUAGCGCGCCUAAGGUCAUGUUUUACGGUACCUCUAAACAUGUAUAGCAGGACGAAUUUUUUUGAGUUUAAAAGCCGCGUUAUUAUUUACUGAGUGACAUGGCGACAAAGAAAACAGUAUAACCGUAUAUAAUUCUCGAAUUCCCCUCUUUCUGAAAGUUGAAGCUUAUAGAAAUGUACGUCUAGACAGCCAUGACCCAAGAUAUAGAUUGAUUGAACUGGGAACCAUUUCAAAGUGUGCAAGAGAUACACAAAGAAUCGAUCUUAAUGGUUGGAACAAGAAGCUAGAAACGAAAAAAUGUAGUGUGUAUGUAGUACGUAAACUUCGUUGUUACAACUCUUUGAAAAUGUUUCCUAUUUUGUUUUACCAUCUAACAAGAAAUAGCAAAUUAAUAAUAUAUGCUUUCACCAUAUUUUCAAUUUUUUUAGUUUUGUGGCAGAAUUAUUGAGGUGAAUAGAGGCCCAGUCAUGAGUAGUAGGAUUACUCCGCAAACUAUAUAGUUUCUUCUAAGUCUAUUCCAUAAGUAGCUAUUUUCAGCAGUAAUAAAAAGCAUGGGGCGGCCGCUUUGCCAAAACUGUCCGUCGAUAAAAAACAUAAGUCCGAACAUGAGAAGGACUUUUUCGCUAGUGAAACUAAACAUAACUCAUUGUACGUCACUGCUACGUGAUGUGUCUUUGUGUACUCAAACCGCAUUAACGGUAGCGUAUGAUGCAUGUCGCUACUCGUUUUACAGUGGCGUAUCCAGAAAAAAGUUGGAGGGAGCUAGGAUUUCAAAAAGGGCAUGCCGCAAGUUGUUUAAGUUUUAUGGUUUGCUGAUAAUUGCAACAAAACACAAAAUAUUAUUUCAAAAAUUCGUAAAAAUCGCUAUCGACAAUUUGAUUCAUUAAAUAAAUACUAUGAUUAAGCUUCGAUCAUGCUACUUUUUUCAUUUGAUGAUGAAAAAUGUUGCCUCACGUUUUUCAAUGUCUAAAAGAGACUCACAGUAAAGACCGGCGAUUAAAAAUUGAAGAGCGGGAGAGCGGGAGGCGGGUGCAUGCUUAAGCAGGACUUGAAAGCAAACGCCCUUAUGACGAUUGAGGAGCGUAAAGGAAGGGCACCUUCGCCACGUUCAGAUAUUUAUUUUAAAUACUUCGAUAUUGCGAUUCCAUCAGUUUCACCUCCAUUCUUUCUGGAUAAGGUUCAGAUAUUUAGAAAACAUACUAUUGUUCCUUUAUACACCUAAGGUUCUUGAUCCUCAUAUUGCCCGUCUCCCUAAUUCGCCUCUGUCUAUUUCAUUUUGGUACUUGAUAAUAUAAUCAGCAAUUACUCAGAUUUAUAGAUUGUGAUGAAUCAGUUUUAUUUCGAUAAUCAUUCACUUUUAGGGUAGAUAUCGAGGACCUCAAGACGAAAAUUUUGAAAGAAAGAGAGAAAUAUCAAACUUCCACACAAUCGUUUUACAACGAACUUUCUAUUCCACUGCUCACCGU